AUGACUCACAUGGAAAAAGAUAUCCGCCAACAACUGCUCGAUCAGCUGAGAUGUCUGGACUACCGAAUGGACAUGCAGACCUCGAUAGUCGUCGAAAUCCAAGACUAUUUCCGAAAACGCGCAGAGCUGGAGUCGGAGUAUUCGAGACAAUUGGACAAACUUGCGAAGCAACUCACCUUGCGACACAAAAACGAGAAGCCAAGGCGCGAGCAGUGGCAUCUCUUCUCAUCGUUCCAAUGCUGGCAACAACUUAUAAACACUACUCGAAAACAGAGCAGCGACCACGCAAAGGUUGCCGAGGUGUACCAGUCGCACAUGAUAAGCCGACUGCAACACGUUGCCGAAGAUCUCGCGCGGAUCCAUCGGAAAUGUCGGACAAUCGGAACGGAUCAACAUGAGGAACUCCUCAAAAUUCUGCACGAACUCCAUACGACCAUGAAAACCUACCACACAUAUCGAAGCAUGGAGCAACAAGCGGCAACGAAACUCGCAGUAGUUGAAUCGAAUCGGGUGAAACUUGAACAGGGUCUUCCCAAAGACAAGGUUGACAAGUCUCGGAGAUAUCGACUCAUCUGCAAAGAAUGGCAAAAACGUUCAGACAAGCACGACGAAGCACGCAUCAAGGCGCUCAAAGCGCGCAACGAGUACGUGCUCUGCAUGGAAGCCGCGAACGCGGCCGUCCAGAAGUACUUCGUAGAUGACCUUUCCGAGGUGAUCGAUGCCAUGGAUUUCGGUUUUCACACGUGCUUCUCGCGCACGAUGCUCAUGUACAACUCUACGUUAGACUGUUUGCAGCGAUCUCUCGUAGGCAACCAAGAAGGAAUGAAGAAAUGUCUCGAAAGCCUGGACUCGCGAGCGGACAAACAAAAGUUUCUCGAAUACAACAAUGCAGCGUUCAUGGCGCCAAAAAAAUUCACAUUCCAGGCCCACAAAGGUGAUCUGAGUGUGAUCUCCACAAACGCGAACAAUGCAGGAAAUGUACAGGUGCAGGUAGACGACGCCAUUCAUGAAGAAAUGGAGCAGCGUUUUCGACAGCUGCAAAAACGUCUCACGGAUCUUAAAAUUGAAAACGAGGAGGUUUGGAAAACGCUAGAGACGGCGGAAAAGACUUUGAUGGAGAUGAUUGAGUCGCGGGACUACGAUGUUUCGCCGCAUUUCGACUCGGAUUCCGACCAGCCGGCGGUGAAUAUCUUGAAUUCUUCGGUGCCCUCGUGCGCAGCGCCGUAUUCAAUGGAUCUGAAACCCACGUCUCCACUCAAUGGAAAUCUGAUACCCCGACCGCCCGAAACAGUAUCAAUCAAACUCCGCGCCGACAAGCAAGAGACCGAAGAUUUCUAUUUGGAAAAGUUCCGGGAGUUCUCUAUGCAAAACUCUGUCAUUUCACGACUUCAAGCUCGAGCGGAUUCGCUGAGCAGCGCCUUAUCAAAAACUGUCACCGGUCUCGAACGAGCCAAGAGUAACGCCGCCUCAUUCGGACCGAAAAGACCGCGCCGGAAACGCAUCGGACGUCAGCCCAUCACCGGCCAGCCGAGGUUAUUCGGCGGCAGCUUGGAGGAAUACGUCGAUGCGACCGGCCAUGAAAUCCCUCUCGUGAUCCGAAGUUGCGUACGAGUGAUCAAUCUAUUCGGUCUGCAUCAUCAAGGAGUUUUCCGAGUAUCCGGGUCACAAGUGGAGAUAAACAAUUUCCGCGAGUCUUUCGAACGCGGUGAAGAUCCUCUGGCUGACGUGUCGGAUGCCUCCGACAUCAAUUCCAUCGCCGGCGUGCUCAAACUCUACCUCAGAGAGCUGCGGGAACCCCUAUUUCCCAUUUUCUACUUCGACCAGCUCAUGGAAAUCAGCCAACUAAGCUCAAAGAAAGAGUUCAUUGCGAAAGUGAAGGAUGUCGUUCGCAACUUACCGAGACCGGUUUUCGUAGUUCUGCGAUACGUAUUUGCAUUUUUAAAUCAUCUAUCGGAAUUUAGUGACGAGAACAUGAUGGAUCCGUGGAACUUGGCCAUCUGUUUCGGACCUUCUUUGCUACCGAUACCCGAAGACAAGAAUCCAGUUCAGUUCCAACCUCUCGUUAAUGAGCUCAUCAAAGGAUUAAUCGUAUAUCAGGAAGAGAUCUUCCCUGAUUCGGACGGCGGCACUCUAUACGAGAAAUACAUAAGUUCCGAUCAACCACCGUUCGAUCUGGAGUUGGACGUGCCGCCAUCAGAUGACUCGCAGAAUAUCUCAACUCUCCUCACCGAUGAAGACGAGGCAGAAGUCGAUGGACCCGCCGAUGAUCUAGUCAACGAGCCCGGGAUCUCAAUUCAGCUUUUUGGAAAAGAGGAAAGCAUGGACGCUGUGGCUCUCUACGAUUUCGUGCCACGAACACCGAGGGAACUCGCGUUCCGGCGUGGCGAUGCCCUCCAUAUACAUUGUCAAGUUUCCUCCGAAUGGUGGAGAGGUUCAUGCAGAGGCCAGGAAGGUCUCAUUCCCGACAAUUUCAUCAUGCUCAACUUGAGAGAAUGGGAACGCGACAAGCUCUCUCAGGAGCGGCGAAUGUCUUCUACCUCGUCGGAGAGUUUGAGUUCAUCGGGGGUGUCCCCACAACGGCAGGCGUCGGAGUCGCUUCAUCCUUCGCCGAACCGGAGUCAUUCCCCGCCACCAUUGUCGUUAACGGAUCCACGGGGUCGCCGAAGGUCCCUAAGCCCAACCUCACUCGGCGGACUCAAACUGCAUCAGUACCAUACACAGAUGGCGUCCCUAAAGUGGAAGUUGCGGCCAUCGACGAGUGUGAACGAUGCUCUAGAAACGACGUCGUCAUCGUCUCUCGAAGACGUUUCCGCGUUGACAGGCGCUGUAUCUAAGCUUCGCAGACAGAGUCCUCUGUACGCGCGGCACUCUCCGAUGUUCCAACGGCGACCCGAUGAAAUCGAUUCGAAUUCAACCUCUGAUCUCGCCAAAGAUCUUUCAGAGGCUUUGCACUCCAUCAGCACUCUCUCUAUCGAGCACAGCGACUACGCCGAGAGACCUCCAUCGCCUCCUCACUCGGCUGGAUUGGCGGCCCCACCUAUAGUUUCGCUUUUAGCGAGUUCGCCCCUAAGUGGCCCCCCGUCAUUGCCGAGUCUUGUGGGGUCCCUUGGAUCACCAGGCGUGGCGAUAAAGAGAGAUGCCCCUGAUUUAGUCCAGGAUCUUCCUCCAACAACUUCAGGCACGUCGAGCGGAGGUGAAGAAUCCGACGCUUCUUCGACCUCGCCUCAGCUGCUGCCUCAACGGUCCAUCUCCCCGCUGCUGUCCAAAAGAAACUCGCUUCUGUCCACAGAACCUCCUACAUCGUCACUUCAUCUUACGACCGCUGAGCGGUUCGCGCUCACCAACCAGUGCACCAUGCGGAAGGGCUCUCCCAGACCGAGUCCUCGCAGCGAGCACGGAGUUGUUACCGUGAGCUCAUCAACCUCAUCAUCGCCGGGAGUGCCAAUGCCUCCCCCGAUUUUCUCCUCCGCUUCAAGCAAGCAAUCUCGUCGCAGUUCCUGCGGAACGUUGUCGCCUCUCUCAGCCACAAUUCCAGCAUCGGUGCAGAAACUCAAAAGGAUGUUCACCGAGCCCGAGAAGCAGCCUGCACAGCUGAGCCCCAAGCCGCCGAUUAAAGCAAAGCCAUCGGCCUUACUGAACCGGCGGUCACAUCCACUCUCACCACGCGCAACUCCCCCCGACAGCCCUGGCGUCUCGUCCGUCGAAUCUUCUAAUGCUGCUGUUAACACUGCUUUAUCGUCAGCUUCAACAUCCCCAUCAUCAUCAUCACCGUCUUCCGCUCAAGCCUCUCAAUUGCGGGAAUACAAACAGACUUAUUGUUGA